AUGGCUGAAAACCGGAAACAUUUGUCAAAUGACAUUAAAAAGGUCAUCGUAGAUAUGCGAGAAAAGCGAUAUAAGUUACAACAGAUUGCUGAUGAUUUGAACUUUCCCAGAGGAACUGUUACAGGAGUUAUCUCUCGUUUUAAACAAAGAAGUGUAGUAGAGAAUUUGCCUCAAACUGGACGUCCGCGUUUACUGUCAGUGAGGGAUAGUCGUUCGCUUGUUCGGCUUGCUAGGACCAACAGGAAAACUCCACUGAAAGAAAUUACCACCCAGUUUAAUACCUUUAGACCUCGGGAAGUGUCUAAAAGAACUGUCCAAAGAUGUCUUUGCCGGGAAGGUUACCAUAGACGCAUAGUAAAAAAGAAAGUCCGUGUGAAAGAGGUGAAUCGUAAAAAGCUGUUAGCAUGGUGUCGAGGAAAACUUUAUUGGCGUGUGAAUGGUCAGUGGGACACAGCUGUAUCCUUGAAGGACCAACCUCAUGAUAAUUUCUUCUUCUACAACGGGAUGGAAGGCAGUGGCUUAGUGGACAAAAUCUCAUCAUCUUGA